UAUGUAGCUUUAACUUUUUUUUUCAUUUUAUUUCAAGACACAUAAUUGUCGUAAGUUCUUGAUUACCGACAAUUGAAGUAAUAGAUCAGUCUGUAAUGUCCCGCAUAUAAAGUGAAUAAAAUAUAAUAUACGUAUCCCCUUCAUACGAUUGGUUACAUAUAUUCAGUCGUAAAUCGAGAAGUCGUAUAUCGAGGCCCAGUUAUCAUUGGUUAAAUGGAGAUACCUUUUUGAUUCCGCCUAAGUCGCCAAAACACACACACACACACACACACACACACACACACACACACACACACACACACACACACACAAACCCCUAUACAUAAGGAAUAAUGAUGAAAAUCAAUCAAUUAACAUAUAGAUGCACAUCCUACAUAAAAACAACUUUAAAUAAUGGCAUAGUAAGUUACGAAAAGUGUAGAUUUACAAAUUACCAUUCUGAUAUUUACUUGCCAUCGCUUAUCAUUCACAGCGAGACAGGUGCAGAAUUAUGAAUAAUCCUUGGUUCAUAGCAACACAGUUUGUGCUGCAUAAUCACAAGCGAUCGCAUGAGACAGAACAAAUGCCUAUCAACAAGUCACUCGCUCAGUUGAUCGGCUGGCGGGCGGGCUGGCUGGUUAUUUCUCUCAUAUAAACCAGCUGUCCCCUCGCCACCGUCCAGCUGUCCAUCAACAAGUCACUCUGACACUAAUGAUUGUCCUUUGUGUUGCUCAACUACACUCCUCAUAUCCCAGAGAACACUCAGGACACUCCAUUGGAUUUUUCAGUCACUGGCAACACCUCAGUCUCAGAGUAACUGGACGAGAUACUAAUGGAAAUUCUUGCAGUUCCUGUUGCAAAGUCAUCUACACUCCUCGUAUCCCAGACAACACUCGCAACACUAGAUUGCACUUUUGAGUCACUUGCAAACCCUGAAUCUCAGAAUAACCGGAAAAAAUACAGCACCAGCUCCAGCACUCUGCCAUCGUUACCACGACAAAGCACUCCAGAACACUUACUUAGCGGUCAGUAAGCGUGGUUCACUAUACCAUCAUAGGAUUUUGAUUUCAUAUACACACACACACACACACACACACACACACACACACACACACACACACACACACACACACACACACACACACAUUGGACUGAACUUACCAUAAGGAUCGGCUUACAGUUUUGAUUUACAUUCCUCUGCUUUCGCCCACACCAGCUCAAAGGUCUGCUGGUACAGCACUGUUGCCUGGCCUGACAACACUGGUCAACUACAGAGUGUACCAAACUGCCGCGACUUCUUUGGCCGCGACAGUGAUCAUAAUGAAACCUUGGAAGUAACUGAAGGAGUGUGUGUGUGUGUGUGUGUGUGUGUGUGUGUGUGUGUGUGUGUGUGUGUGUGUGUGUGUGUGUGUGUGUGUGUGUAACGCUUCUUCUCAUGUUCCAAUACAGCGCAAUGAUGAGUGCAACAGCUGUGCUUCAGUUCUUUCUUCUGAAUUUCGCGCUGUCAGCAGUUAGAUUUCAAGGUGGCGGCGUAGGACAAGGGUUCAAGACUACGUGUGGCUGGAAGAAUGUGGUGGUGCAGGGCACCGGGCAGGUGGUGGAGAGCUACCUGGCACAGUGUCAUGUCGUGUUGGCUUCUCCAGGCCCCUCAUCUGUGCUAGCAGACCUGCUCAGAAUUCUAAGAACAUCUGGUACUGGAGUGGUGGUGACUGUGGUGGAAGUUCAUCCCUAUGGGGACGUGAUGAAUGACAAGACAGGGGACAAGGAGAACCACCACGCAAAGAGUGUGGUCUCCGCCCUUCACCGAGGCCUGCACUCGUCUGGCAAUGCUGCGUGUCGUGUUUUCAUCGUGGACCACACUGACGGCAAUGCCUCGGCGGCUGUCUGGCUGCUGCAGCAGGGUGAGCUGUGGCGGCGGCCUGAGACCCGCGUGCUGGUGCUGGGGGACCCAAGCAACGUGGACGUGCUCCUGCAACACUCAGCGCUGCGCAACACCCAGCACGCCCUGUACAUCACCCCCGCCAGGGCCGCGACACACGCACACUGGGCGACGGGAGAGCUUCCUGGACUGUGCGGGGCUGUGAAGAUGUACCGGCGAUGUCUGCAGUGCGGCAGCGGUCAGCCACGACUGCACCUCUUGCAUGACUGGAGCCCCGCAGGCGGUCUUUCCGCAAACUUCACCUUUUUUCAAGAUCGCGUCAGACUGACGGGACGCACGCUGAGGGUUGUGGCUAAGAACUACUUCCCCUACUUCCGCUACGAGCGUGUGAGUGACGAGCCCGGCACUCUGGUGCUGCCCAGGGACUCCCUCAACGCAAGGAUGAUAGCGGCCAUUGCCACUGCAUAUAAUUUUACGUACGAAGUGCGGGAGCCCGAGGAUGGGGAGUGGGGCUUGCCAGCUGGCGGCGGCAACUGGACUGGUCUCAUCGGCACGCUGCAGCACGAGAAGGCAGACUUCUCAGUGGAUCUGACAGUGACCGGCCAGAGAGCCGAGGCAGUAGAUUUUUCCACAAUAUACAUAGAUGAACCAGGAGUAAUUCUAUCGUCAAAACCGAAGCCUCUGCCUGAAUAUCUGUCGCUGGUCAGACCUCUGGAAGGAGAGGUUUGGCUGAGCGUGGUGGGUGGCGUCAUACUGUGGAGCACUUCUCUGUGGCUGAUGCAGAAACUGGGGCAGAAAGUUAUGCAUGGACGGCGCAGUGCAAGCUUUGCCUCGUCCGUCUUCUAUGGCUGGGGUCUGCUGCUCGAGGACCACCCUUACGACCCUCCCACCAACCUCACGGGCCAGAUUCUCGUAGGAUUUUGGCUGAUCGUCUGCUUCAUAGUGACAACAGCCUACAGAUCGUCCCUAAUUUCUCACCUGGUGGUGCAGGACCUGUCAGAUGCUAUUGACGACAUGAACGAUCUUGCCGAGAGAGGGAAUAGCGAGGGUUGGACCUGGGGAGUCAGAAGGAUGACCGGAUCAUUUAAGGCAUAUCUAAGUUCAAGUCUGGAUCCUGCAAUGCUUGAAGUGUACCAAAAGAUGCAAAGAUGUUUGAAGCACAACACAACCACAGCUCAGCGUCUACGUCUUCGUCUCAAACAAACCUGAACCCGAGUUACAGUGUCAAGUUUCAAACGUCCUUAUUUUCGUUCACCGCUACACACACAUUGUUGUUCAGCUUUGAAAAAUAAUCAAUUGACUAAUUAAUUUGUUUGUUACCUAUUUUUAUUCAUUUCUGACUUCAUUUACUUAUUAUCAUGUUUUGACAGACCGUCGACAUCAGAGAAGGCCUGGACAAAGUGGUGAGAGGAGGCUUCUCUUACAUAUUCAACUACUACUACAUCAAGCCUGUCAUCGAGACAGAGUACACGGACGGAAGAGGCUACAGUCCCAUCUACUUCGGAAA